AUGGCUUCCUCGUCCAUCCCCUGCCCGCCCCGCGGCAUCUACGUGCCCGCCGUCGCCUUCUUCCACCCCGACGAGACGCUCGACCUCGACGCCAUCCGCGCGCACCUGACGCGCCUGGCCCAGGGCGGCGUCGACGGGCUCGUCAUCCAGGGCUCCAACGGCGAGGCCAUGCACAUGCUGCACGACGAGCGCCAGCAGGUCCUGCGGCUGGCCCGCGAGGUGCUGGACCAGCACGGCAAGCCGGGCGCCGUCAUUGUCGCCGGCUGCGGCGCCCAGAGCACGCGCGAGACGAUCCAGCUGUGCCGCGAGGCGAAAGACGCAGGCGCCGACUAUGCGCUGGUGCUGUCUCCCAGCUACUGGGUCGCCGCGAUGCAAAAGCCCACCGUCUUCAACUUCUUCAACGACGUCGCCGCCGCCUCGCCCCUCCCCGUCCUGCUCUACAACUUCCCCGCCGUCACGGGCGGCAUCGACCUCGACUCGGACCUCAUCGCCGACCUGGCCGCCGCCAACCCCAACAUUGUCGGGUGCAAGCUGACCUGCGGCAACAUGGGCAAGCUGCAGCGCGUCGCCCACGACCCGCGCAUCGGCCGGCCCUUUGCGGCCUUUGCGGGCAAGACGGACUUCUUCCUGCACGGCCUCGUCGGCGGCUCCCACGGCGUGAUUGCGGCGACGGCCAACCUGCUGCCCAAGGCGCACGCGCACAUGCUGCGGCUGUACGACGAGGGCAGGCUCCGCGAGGCGCAGGAGCUGCAGACGCGCUUCAGCAGGGCGGACUGGGCGCUCGUGCAGCUGGGCAUUGCGGGCAUCAAGGCGGCGCUGCAAAAGUACUAUGGGUAUGGCGGCGGGAGGAGCAGGAGGCCGUUGCCGAGCGCCGUGGAUGCGAAGAAGCUGGAUGGCGAGGUGGAUGCGGCGGUUGGAGGGUUGGUCGAGUUUGAGAAUGCUCUGUGA